AUGUCAUCCGCGGAUGUAUUCUGUGACCCAACAUUUGAUCCUCAUACUUGCUGCUCAAAUGGCUUCUUUUUCUGCUGCUGGUGUUUCCUUGCUGGCCAUUUCCCUGGGUUUGCUUUUCUCAGUCGUGAUGGCUACCGACACGUUGUAGGCGACAACAAGGGCUGUAACGCCAACUUCAACUACUCCGAGUGGGCCAAGGAUAAAAUUUUUGUCGUUGGCCGCAAGCUCGUGUUCAAUUAUAACAACACGAAGCACAAUGUGUUCAAAGUGAACGGGACAGAGUUCCAGGACUGCGCAAUCCCAGAUGCAAACCAAGGACUCAGCUCAGGACAUCACGUGAUUCCACUUGCCACGCCUGGCAACAAGUGGUAUGUUUGUGGUUUUCCGAAUCACUGUCGUGAUCUUGGCAUGAAGCUUGCCCUCAACGCCAUGCCUUCUUCCUCUGCCUCUCUGCUUUUCGUCGCGGCCAUGCUUGCCACUGCCACCAGCUUCGUCGGACGCUAUCCUUCACACUUUAAUGAAUCCCACCUUCUUCAUCCCUUCAUUUUUCAACAGAAUAAUACGAGCGCCACUGUGCGCUUCUCUUUCUUAUUAUUCAGUGUGUGUGUUUGUUCUUUUCUUUUUUCAAGCAUAGUUCCUCUUGGUUGUUCUUAUUAUUUGACUGUUGGUUGAUAUACAUACAUACAUAGUUAUUUCUUUA